AUGGCCACUAAUCAGGACGAAGCGAUAACCGCAAGGGGUGGAAGGAAAUUGAGUACAAGGGUUCGAGAUUGUAGGGGCAAUUGUAUCGCCGUGUGUAACCUGGAGCUACUGGUCCAACUUAUCUACGACUCUACGGCGGCCACUUGCCUUCCGAAGUCACCUAAAAGUUUCAUUCACGAUUGCGCCUGUCGGCAUGAGAACCCGACUAUGGUAUUGAUCUUUGACUGGGGCAGGCGGUGGGAGGAAAGGAUCCGUGUUCCUAAAUCAACGAAGACCAACCAGCUCCCCGGAAACAAGCAACGGACGCGAGAUUAUGUUAGGACGACAACAGAUUGCCUACCAACACGGGUUCUACGUUCUCUGUCUUUCCGCUUCAUUUUGCGUCUUUCGACUUCCGCAAAGGGGGGAGCACUACAGCGUAUGCGUAAGGUUCAUGCCUUUGACGCUAAAUUCGUUCGUUGCUCUAAUAUAAUAGCGCAAGAUGUCUCUUUCCUGGUUGAUUUCUCCGCUGUUAUCACGUAUGGUCGUGGCGAAGGCCUUGUGCCUCAACGAAGAAUACAGCCGACACCGAACGUUCAACCCGAGUUGCUAAGGUCUAGUAUUGUUCUUCUGCUCCGUCCUCUGUAUCAACUGAAUACCCUCGAAGCAGAGAGUACACCACUUGGUGGCGAGAAACGAAAUCUUCUGGAAAAGCUGAGCGCAAAACUCACUCGACAAUUGGAGGAGACCAUUAUUAUUCCUGCAAGUCACCAUAAGGACGAAUCCUACUUAGUGACUCUUCCAGUCCUGAAUAAGAUAGCUUUGAGCAAGGAAGCUUUACAACAAUUCUUCACCUCGGUGACUUCUAAUAGCACCUGCAUGGCUGGCGAGUCGUGA